AUGCUCCUUGACACAGGUGCAGCUCUUACUCUAGUGAGUGGCGACCUCUGGAGAAGAUGUCCAAGUUCUUCAGGCCGACCACUCCAGGAGGUAGAUGCAAGCCUACAGUCUGCAACAGGAGAAGAAUUGAAGAUUCUUGGGAUGGCUGAUGUACCAUUAGGCCUUGGAUCCUCGCAGUUUAGCCACCCAGUUGUGGUCGUUGAGAACCUAGCCCACGAGUGUCUACUGGGAAGUGACUUUCUUCAAGCUCAGGGUUGCAGUAUUGACUACAGAACUGCCACCCUUGAGGUGGCUGGGAAUGAGGUGCCCCUACGCAACCAACAGGGUGUCCUCAAGGUAUGCAGGGUGAUCAUGGGGAGGAAUACAAGAAUACCUGCAGGAACGGAGAUGAUCCUGGCCGGGAAACUGUCUAGGAGCAGGAAGGAAAGUCAUCUCACCCCAGGUCUGAUAGAAGCUCAAAAGGGCACUAUAGGCUUUACAACAGGGAGGUCCCUGGUGUCAUCCGACUAUGGGAAAAUGCCGGUGAGAGUGGCGAAUUUCACUGACAAGCCAAUUUUUAUCAGGGCCUGCAGGACAAUCGGUUGGUUCCAUCCAGUGGCAGAGGUUGGGUCAGCCGAGAGGAUUCUGUCCCCUGGGAUGGAUGGAUCCCCACCGGUAGAUAAGGAAGGGGUGCAAAAUCUGAAUAAUUGUUCUGCUGGUAAAACCAAGGUUGAGACUACACCGGAACAGCCAAGUACGCUGGAAGAUGAGGCCAGGUUAGGAGCCUUGCUAGAGAAGUUAGAGGUGACUGAGUUGGGCCUUUCAGGACAACAGACAGAGGCAGUGAUAGAUCUUGUCAGAAGGCAUCAAAAUGUAUUCUCAAUGGGUGACUUUGAUCUGGGACAGACACACAUAGCCGAACACACGAUCGACACUGAAGGAGCACAACCCAUCAAACAGCGCCCGAGGUGA